AUGGUUAUGAUAGUCAACAACAAGAUGAAACCUCCAGGAGGAGAACCAAUCUGGUCGUGGUACUCAAGAGCAGAGCAACUAGACUACCUGAAAGGGUUUCUCAAACCAAUUGCAUUCGAGAAAGGAGAAACAGCUAAGGCCAAAGAUCCUGAGGAUAUAAUUGUUCUAUCAGAUACUGAGGAUGAUAUUAACCCAGAAAAUGUCACUGUAGAAAAACCUUUGCCCUUAGUGUCUGUAAAACAAGAACCAAUAGAUGAUGAACAUGAAAAAUUGCCUGUUCCUGAGAAAAAUCUACCCGUGCCUGAUAAUGUCAACCCAGAAUCAGCUGUAGUAUAUGGUCCUCAUCAACUUGAACCUCCUGCUUCCCUUUUCACCAAACUAAACUUGUUUAACAUCAUGGAUGAACACAGAAGAUCAACGUCUCUCACAAAUAGACUGUCUAUUCCACUAAAUAUCCCACAAAGUACAAAACCCACACAAGAUAAAACUCUGUCCUUGCCAUCACCACAAACCACACAAGUAGAAAUCCCUGAACAUCAAAAUCCUGAAAAUCCUCUCCCCAUUCAGUCAGAAAACUCUCAUACUGAUGAAACUAGGUCUGAACCUCAAUCUGAACCAAAUCCUGAAACAACACCUACCAUCCCCAUUGAUGAUUCUCCACUAGAUUUUGAGUUUGAAACAGGAAAUCCUCCAGAAUUACCAGUUGCAGAACAAACUGAUGAAGAAGACAAUUUGCCUUUGUCUCAAGUGAAGAAGAACCAAGCAAAAGCAAAAGGAAAGAAGAAGAUUCAAGAAGAACAUGUGGACAAAAAUCCUGUGGCAAAAACUCAAGUCUUUCCCGCUCCUGUCACCAGGCGAAAAACCAGGUCAUCCACAACACAACAGGAGAAGGAGAUCCCCUCACCAACACGAAAAACCAAGAGAAAACAGCCAAUUGCUGAACAACCUGCCCCUGUGGAAACCACUACUAGUAAGAAGAGAAAGAAGAUCACCACUCAAACUCAGCAACCUGAAAGCCAGUCGGAUGUCUCUGCCGUAACACCCCUUGAAGUAAUCACCCCUCAAUUCCUAUCUGAUGAGUAUGCUGCAAGGUGGGACUCAACAAACAAAAGGAAAAUCCUGAGCGAAAGGUAUCUUGAUGUUGAAAAGUUCAAGUCUCAGUGCCAACUAAUGCCAGUGGUUGAGAAGCUAAAUCUUGUCAAGUCUGUAACAACUCAGACUAGCUAUCCACCUAUUGCCAUCAAGGAAUUUUAUGCAAACCUUCUGAAGACUAUCAAGGAGGCCGGCUCACAUGUCUACGGACGUGUUUGGCUGAGAGGAAAGGAAUACAAUUUUGACACACGUACCAUCAAUCUGUAUCUGGGCAUAGAUGCAAGUGACAUUGAAGACCCUGUUAUUGGUGCAAAUACCAUCACAAAAGUCAUUACAGGAGGAACCUACAGCUACUGGCCUGCUGAAACCAACAUGUUACCAGCAAAAUCUCUCACAACAAAGUAUGCUAUUCUGCACAAACUAGCCAUGACAAAUUGGAUGCCGAAUGAACACCGAGGAGGCUUAAACUUUCUUAUGGCCACCCUGAUCUACAAGAUAGGCAAAGGUAUUCCCGUUGAUUUAGGUGAAAUUAUCUUCAAACAUGUGGCAUCCUUCAGAAAACCAGAGUCUAAGGAGAGCAAGGUAAAGCUGCCUUUCCCCUGCACAAUUUAUGGAGUUCUGCGCUCACAAGGUUUCAAACCAGAACCAAAUGAACCUAUGGAAGCACCACAAGUCAGAACAAUUGAUGCCAGACUGAAACAAGGAAGUCAUGUGCUUGAUAUCUUUCCAGAACAUGCAAGUAGCUCAACCCCAGCUCUGAACCUUGAUGUACCAUUUACCAGCAAACUCACAGCACAGCACCUCAACAAAAGCAUCAGAGAUCUUAACACAAUCAUCCAGAUACUUGUUGAAAAGAGAACAAUUGAGAUGCAAUUGAGAGAACAAUUGAGAUUGAGAGACCAAGAGAUGACUGCUGCUGUUGCUGAAACACCCACUGAUCCAUCUACUGCACCUGGAGCUGAUUCCACCGCACCUGAAGCUGCUUCCACUGCACCUGAAGCUGAAUCCACUGCAGACAGCCAGGACGAUGAGUCCUCAGAAUCUGAAUGA